AUGGCGUCGAGCGGGUUGAACAACGACGCUUUGGCUACGAGCGAGCCGAUGAGCCAGGGUGAGCUGCAUGAGCUCUACAAACAGAUGGCCAGGCAUUUCCUGAAUCUGCGCGUGAGGUUUGCUUUGAUCGAGGCAUUGGUGCAGAAGGCCGAUCUUGUUGAACUCGGACGCCCUUCAUUAGCCGAAACCGAGAACCUGGACGUGUUACGCGGUGAGCUGUGGGCGGUCCAGAAAAGCGUGGCACAGAUUGAAGACGAAUUGCACGACGUGCAGGCUGUUGGAUCCGACGACGACCUAGCAAAGCGGGUGGACGAGCUCGAGCACCAGCUGAACGGGCUUAUUUCACCCGUGCAGUCGACGGAAGAACAACAGACGCGUCUGGCCACCCAGCAAGCCGUUUUGCAGAGAAUAGAGGCCAGUAUCAAGGAAACACAACAAGAGCUGGAGCAAUUGACCAAGCAAAACCAGGCCACUUUAGCUUACUGCCAGCAGGUUGAGCAAACAACAAAGUCUCCGUCCGCCCACACAGAGAUAGAAAAAGAUGCUUCAAAAUGGCAAGAAUUAUCAGAUCUAAUUUAA